AUUACAUUAAACAUUAACAAUAGAAUUCGACUAAUAAAACUUAUUUUCAAAAAAAAAAAAGGCAUCAAUUAUCAUUGAUCCACAAUAUGCCGAAUAAUAAUCUAAUAAAUAUUCACUCAAAACAACUUAUGCUUAAUAAAUUGAUAUUAACUCUUUUGAGUAAAUACUAAAAGAAAUAUUAUUCGAUAAUAUACUAGAUUUUACUGAUUAUCAAUAUAAUCAUUAGAUCAUCGAAUUUUUCUUUAGAAAAUUUCUCUGUGUAUAUAUUUCAUUUUUAUAUUAUAUUUAUUGAAAAAAGACUUUCGAACAUCGACAAUUAUAUUUAAACUGAUCAUAAAACAAAAGUAAAAGGGUAAACAGUAAAACUAAUAAAAGUAAUAGAUGAUGACAUGUUACUCUCAUUCACGUCUAUUAAUUAUUAGUCAAUAAAAUAAUCUUAGAUUGUUUGAGCAGAUGAAUUUUAAUGAGAAGAUAUCAUUUCUAACUAAUCUUUUUCUGAUAAACAUAUAAACAAUCUCAAAUAUAUUAUUCGAUUUGAAAUUCUAUAAUAAAAUUUAUUCUCUAACAAUGAAUAUAAUAUCAAUAUGUUUAUUAUUUAUCUUCAUAUUAAAUACAGAAAAGUUAUUCAAACGAAAUCUAUAUUCAACCUUUUAUUUUUCAAACAUAAAACAAUAAAUUUGUUUUCUUAUCGAUUUAAUUCAGUUAAUAUUAUUUGUCUAAUUUAAUAAUAUUAUGGUAAAUAAUAUUAUUUAUUUUUUAUCAUUAAACUUUGUUCUCCUAUUUUUUUUAGAUCGAUAUUCAUAAAAACCAGAUCUUAGGAGAAAAAAGAUAAUUUUAUUUGUUAAUAUAGAAACAAUAAAUAUUUUAGAAAUAAAAAAGACUAAUAAAUAUUUGUUGAUUUAUUUAAGAGAAGGACGUAUGUUCCUGAUUUAAUUCAAAACUACAAUCUCUGUUAUCUUUUGAAAAGGUAUAUAUAUAUAUCAGAUGUUUUCUUUCAUCAGAUUUAAAUUUCUUAUUCUUUUAUUAUUCAAUAAUAUAUUCAUUGAUAAUAAAUCUUACAAAUUCAUUGAUUUUUUUUUUUUUUGUUAAUUUUCUUAGAUUCCCAAUAGAUAAUCGGACAGGUCAAACAAUGUUGGUCAAUCCAAUUCUGUUCCUAACAAUAAUAUUAUUAUGUGAAAGUACAGUGAUCAAAGUUGAUGUAUCAUCUAUGAAAGGAAAUUGUACAAUAGAAUAUGAUGAAGGAGAAUUACAUGAAGGUGAUACAAUUGAAGUUCAUGGAAAAUUCUACAAAGUCGAAGAUUGUAAACUUCAUCGAGCAUAUCAUGCAUGUGGAACUCAUGUUUUAUUUCUUAUUAAUAUUGUUUGUCAAGCUCUUGAACAAAAACAAAUUGAUUUAAAUCAAAAACGUUUUUCUCGAUUUGUUAAACAUAAAUUAUUAACAGAAGCUUGUUGUCAAAGUGUUUGUACUGUUUUAGAAAUGACACGUUAUUGUCCUUAA